UAUGACAACAAUUAUGAGCUGUCAGUAUUGGAGGAUAUUUUAAUCCGCUACUAUAUCUAUAUAUCCGUUGCCCCCUCCCCCGCCGUAUAGCGCCACUGCACUGCUACGGUGGCAGUUUCCUUCUACGGCACUACUCAUCUGAAAAUCACUCACACGGCGGCUCAUAACCGCCUGUCUUGUAAUAUACAAGUGUAACUAUCUAUACAUUAUUCAUAUAUACGUGCAAUUGUUGAGUGGAAAGGUGUCGCAGGGUCGCAGGAGAUGGCGUCAGCGUGCGUGAACAAGAUCAGGAUGUCGCCGGAGAAUUUUCUACUCUGUCCUCUCUCCACCAAGUGCAACGCAUAUGGCCGCUUGCGGAGUCCGCGGACAUCGUUCAGCAGAGAGAUCGGCGAUGAUGAUUCGCGGUCUCUCACAAAGGCCAGCUCCAGAGCUAAUAGUCAUUCAUCAGCACCACCUCCAGCGGGAAGCUGCGGUGAUUAUAAUAGUACUGAGGGAUCAGAUCUGGAUGUUCUCUGCGGCAAUGAUAUGGCGGAAUUUGAGUUCAGGAUCGAUGGUCAUCCUCAGGUUAUGCUUCCCGCGGAUGAGCUCUUCUCCGGUGGAAAGCUGGUACAGCUUCAAACACCUACGAACUGUCAGGGAAAUGUCGCGUCCGCGCGUGAGCCGCCGUCUGCGAAAGUGGUUGGAUCGCCGCCGUCUGCGAAAGUGGUUGGAUCGCCGCCGGAUACUCCGAAAAGGAAGACGAAAAACGGUAAUUCCAGUUUCUCGAAGUCGCCGAGGCGUUGUUCAACGGCAUCAUCAGGUAAGUGGAAGGAGCUUUUAGGCUUUAAGAAGAUCUACCAGCACGAAAUCGGCAAUGUCAAGGGCAAGGACGAUUGUAUGAAAACGACGACGUCUUCCUCGCUGUCUUCUCCCUCAACAAGCAAUAACGGCAUUCAUAAAUCUAUGAAAAAUUUCAUUCGGCGCAGUUCAUCAAAAUCUCUGAACUCAUUAUUAUCAUCAAUGAAUAAAGGCGAUGGUGAUAAUAAGUCGCUCCGCCUUCCUUUGCUGAAGGGUUCCAAUAAUGACAAUUGCGGCGGCGUAUCGAUAUCAUGUCACCGCCUCUCCCUCUCCUCCUCGUCCUCCCCUUCUCCUCGGCAAAGAACCGAAGGCCUCCCUCGCCGCCUCUCUCUCGACUCACAAAAGCCGGCCAGUCUCUCCCGCAAGACUGCCCAAACAAGCAGUAACCGUCGUAAGACCCGAUUCGUCGUGCGCCGGGGAUUAUCUGCGAAGAAUGUUCCCUCCACCGCCGGUGUUGCGGCGAGAGUAGGGCGGAGAGCGCCAGGUAUCGCCGCAGCGAUUGGCGGAUUCUCGCCGGAUAGUCCACGGAUGAACUCUUCGGGGAAGGUUAUCUUCCACGGGUUGGAGAGAAGCUCAAGUAGUCCGGCUGCAGGGACUUGCAUUGGUGAGGCCAGAUACAAGAGCAGGGGAAUGGCACGGUCUUAUUCAGGAAAUGUCCGGGUCACUCCGAUUAUCAACGUCCCGGUUUGUUCAUCACUGAGAGGCUCAUCUAAGGCUGGGGCUUUCGGGUUCCCCAUAUUUUGUUCUUCGCCCAAGAAAGAGGCCACCGCUGCAGGCUCUAAUGGCGGAAAUGGAAUCGGGAAUCAUAAGAGUCUGUUGCUAGUGUAAAUUUUUGUAACUAGUAUAUACUCCGUAAAUGAUAAAUUUACUCGCAAGUUAAAUUCACAUUAAGCACUUCAACCAACUCUUAAAUCGAUCAUAACAUAAUACUAGCUCCCUAAUUCAGAUUGCUUACCG